CAAUGAUCCGAUCACUGGCCUUGUCCGUCGAAUCAGAGAGGUUGCUGUGCGUCGCAAUGGGAGAAUUUUGGUUCUGGGAAACGGUGGUGAAGCUGCGCAGUUUUCAAGGACUGAUAUGGCUGGCGUUGGAUAUUACUGAGUCUUGGCAGCGCCGCUUUCUGUCUCUCUCACUCACUCUCUCUCUCUCGUCUCCGGCCUCUCCGUGCCGCCGCCCUCGCCGGCUUGCUCAACCCUCUCGUCUUCCAGUUUCUCUCAUUUCCUCUUUCAGUGCGCCGCCGCCCUCCCAGACUCUCCCAGUCUUCCUCGUCGCCCCGCCUCCUCCGUCCCUGACGCCUGCGUUCGCAGCAGCAGCAGUAGCUUCUGUCCAACAGAUUUCCAACAGAUAUAUUGCUGCACUCUAUUGGCGGGAAAAUGGCUAAGUAUGGAUGCAUUUGGCUUUUAUUUAUAUAUAGAUAUAUAGAUAACAAAAUCCUGGGUUUAUCUAGGGUUCGUCUUUGAGAGUUGGGACCUCCCAAAAUUACACCAACACUGCACAAAAGAAAAAUCCCCAAAAAGGCGAGGAUGUUAUACAUAAUUGGAUUAGGGUUAGGAGAUGAGAAAGACAUCACACUAAGAGGGCUCGAGGCAAUCAAGAAAUGCAGUAAAGUUUAUAUGGAGGCCUACACUUCUCUCCUCUCCUUCGGCAUCACCUCCGAUGGCCUCUCGAAAUUGGAAAAGGUUUAUGGGAGACCUAUAAUUGUCUCAGACAGGGAAAUGGUUGAGGAGAAGGCAGAUGACAUGCUGUUAGAAGCUCAGGUUUCUGAUGUGGCAUUUCUGGUCGUUGGAGACCCUUUUGGAGCAACGACACAUUCUGAUCUCGUUGUCCGGGCAAAGAAGUUGGGAGUGGAUAUUAAGGUUGUGCACAAUGCCUCAGUUAUGAAUGCCAUUGGUGUUUGUGGCUUGCAGCUAUAUCGUUAUGGAGAGACGAUCUCAAUCCCGUUUUUCACUGAAACUUGGAAGCCUGAUAGCUUUUACGAUAAGAUUAAAAGAAAUCGGGAACUUGGAUUGCAUACCCUUUGCCUUUUAGAUAUAAAGGUGAAGGAGCCUUCACUAGAGUCACUAUGCAGAGGUAAAAAGGUUUACGAGCCACCAAGGUUUAUGACGAUAAACACAGCAAUAGAACAGCUCUUGGAGGUGGUGCAGAACCACCACGAUUCAGCUUACAACGAAGACACGACGUGUGUUGGAUUGGCGCGGGUGGGUUGUGAAGAUCAGAUGAUAGUUGCAGGUUCCAUGAAGCAGCUCUUGACGAUAGACUUUGGCCCCCCUUUGCAUUGCCUUGUGAUUGUGGGUGAUACUCACCCUGUAGAACAAGAGAUGCUCCACUUUUAUCAAAUCAACAAUAGUUGAAAGUAGCUUUUUUUUUAGGAUUGUAUGAUGGGUCAAUUUUGUUAUAUAAUUCAAAAUGUGAAUUCAAUUUUUGUUGGAAA